AUAAAAAGAUGAUAUGGGUCUAAUUGAAAGUUAAAUUAAAAUAUUAUGUAUGUGAAAUUUGACUUAAAGAGGUGUUAGUGUAAUUUAUCUUUUAUUUUAUUAUUAUUAUUAUUUAUUUUUAUUAUUAUUAUUUUUUAUACCCUAUAUUCAUUAUUCAAUACCGUCCCAUGCCAAUAAAUAAAUUAGUGCGAUCAUCAGGUAAAAGUGUAAAAGUAUUUUGUUUUUUCAAAAUUCAAGGGAUUAUUCAGUUUAAACCUCUUAAAAAUUUUAGGCUUUCUUCGAUCUUUAGAGAACCCCCUUGUUCGAUUUGACGUUCAGACAACCCUCUUCGGUCUCAUGAUUCUCAUCCUAGUUUAUUUAUUUAUGCAAAUACAUGUUUUAGGGUUUAGAAAUUGCAAAAGGGACAAAUUACAGAUCUGGAAAGAGCUAUUCGUCUGAGUCUGAAUCGCUUGAGGGAAAUCACACAGGAAAGAUGGACAUUCCUCUAGGAAGUGCCAUGGCACUGGCAGUGCCCAACAUCGACACGCAUGGGGGCAUGCCCGAACACGUGUCCGACAUGGGCUGUCUGUGGGAGCUUAUUUGGGAAGGAGCAAAUUUGAUUUCAGCAUAAAAGCACAAGUUAAAAUAGUCCUUUACUUGGUGACACAAAUGCCUUCACAAAAGAUUGAAAGUGGUCACCACGAUGUAGUUCAUGAUGUGGUGAUGGAUUACUAUGGCAAACGUCUUGCCACAUCAUCUUCCGACAAUACCGUUAAGAUAAUUGGGGUGAACAAUUCAGCCUCUCAGCUUCUUGCAACUUUGAGUGGUCACCAAGGACCCGUUUGGCAAGUAGCUUGGGCUCACCCCAAGUUUGGAUCCCUCCUUGCUUCCUGUUCUUAUGAUGGGCGGGUCAUAAUUUGGAAGGAAGGUAACCAGAAUGAGUGGAGCCAAGCCCAUACUUUUGAUGAGCACAAAUUAUCAGUAAACUCCAUUGCUUGGGCUCCUCAAGAAGUGGGAUUCUGUUUGGCUUGCGGAUCCUCGGAUGGGAAUAUUUCAAUUUUCACUGCAAGAUCUGAUGGUGGUUGGGAUACAUCACGAAUUGACCAAGCUCAUCCAGUUGGUGUUACUUCUGUGUCAUGGGCCCCAUCUAUGGCUCCUGGUGCUCUUGUUGGUUCUGGCAUGCUGGAUCCUGUUCAGAAGCUUGCAUCUGGUGGUUGUGAUAAUACUGUUAAAGUGUGGAAGCUUCACAAUGGAGUUUGGAAGAUGGAUUGCUUCCCUGCUCUUCAAAUGCAUACUGAUUGGGUUACAGAUGUGGCUUGGGCACCGAACUUGGGACUUCCUAAAUCUACAAUUGCCAGUGCUUCACAGGACGGAAAAGUUAUUAUAUGGACCGUGGUAAAGGAGGGUGAUCAAUGGGACGGUAAGGUUUUGAAGGAUUUUGAGACCCCUGUUUGGAGGGUCUCAUGGUCGCUGACUGGAAACAUACUGGCGGUGGCUGAUGGGAAUAACAAUGUAACAUUAUGGAAAGAAGCAGUAGAUGGGGAGUGGCAACAGGUGACAACAGUGGAUCCGUAAAUUUAAAAUUUUUGAACUCACUCGAGAUUUUUUCAGUCUUAUCUUUUAACAUAAGUCAGGACCCUUUUCUUCAAGCACUAAGUUAAUACAGUUGAGAACUUGUUUCGAACAAUAUUUCUUUAACAUUAAAACUUAUUUCUGAUAUUUGAACUUUAGCUUCUUAGCAGAGGAUUAGUGUUUUGCUAGAGAGUACUACUGUUACGGGAAUGUUUGAAGUAAACUCGUCAAAAUCUGAUUUUGGGUUUUGUGUUUUUUUCCAAAUGCUCCAAACAUGAUUUUGAUAUUUAUGCAGUAAUAUUGUAGAACUCUUCCCCACGGCAA